AAUAUCAUUAGCGGUCCGUCGGGCGAAAGAUCGAGAAAGUCGUCAAAAUCAUCGAUAGUUUCCCAACAUCUGACAGAAAGCGUCGGACUAUUGAACAAUAACUUAGAGGCCAAACACCAUUCGGGACAUGAAAGGGGCCGAACGGCCAGACGAUACUCAAAGGGUUACUUAGUAUCGUUGGUAUCCAUCUGUUCGGUGAUGUUCUGCUUCUAUGAAGGCAUGGAAAACAUUAACUUUGAAUAUUUGUCCACAUUUUACUACAACACUGAACUCAAUCUCACGAAACAGACAUCGGAUCUGAUCGCGUCCUCCAUGUCCGCCGCGUACACCAUUGGUCGAGGAGUUGGCAUUUUCCUGGCCAUCAGAGUGCAGCCAAAAUAUUUCCUAUACUUAGAUCUAGUGUUAAUAGCGUCGGGAAACGCCAUACUAUACGUGUUUAGCAACACAUCCGAAGUGAUGGUAUACUUUGGCACAAUAGUGUUGGGGUUCGGCUUUUCCACAGUAUUUCCCUGUGUGUUCACAUAUAUGGAGCUAUUCAUACCCAUGACAGACAUGGUCUGCGGUAUAAUCACGGUCUCGGGCGCCCUCAUAGCCAUCAUAGAUCCCAUAAUAGUGGGCCGAUUCAUAACAGAUGCCCCGUAUAUACUACUCUACCUAAAUAUCGGGAGCACUGUUUUGGUGGUCAUUGCUUUCCUAACCAUUGAAACCAUUACUUACACAAAGAGACGACAGGAUAGACUCGCACUCCAGACCUCAUACAAUACCUUUGAGUGAUUGAUCGACUCUCUAGUGAUAAUCUGUGAUCCAAU